UCGUGAAUUCGGUGCCGAAUUUUACAAAAUAUAAUUGAAUUUUUAUAUUAAUCUGAUGGUAAUUUUCAUUAUUUUACAUCUAUAGAUCCAACAACAUUUUUCAAAUGGGUGAUAGCGAUGAUUAUUACGAUGGUGACGGGACCAUGGAUUCCCUGGCAACAUCACCAGAAGUCACCUAUAAUUGGGUUGACAUAACAUCAGAUUUCUUCAAGAAUAUUCAAGAUCUUGAGCUUGGAGAAUUGUUACACGAUGGCCAUUUAUUUGGUCUGUUUGAAGCCAUGUCUGCCAUUGAGAUGAUGGACCCAAAAAUGGAUGCAGGCAUGCUGUGUAAUCGCGGGAGUCCUAAGCCACUCAACUUCCAGCAGGCUGUUGAGGCUGGCAAACUCAAGAUAGAUGACUUGGAGCCAAGUGAACUGAUUGGCAUAAUAGAUGCUACCAUGUCCUGCAUAGUGUCAUGGUUAGAAGGCCACUCCCUUGCGCAGACUGUUUUCACAAAUCUUUACCUACAUCAGCCGCAUAUGAUUGUAAAUAAGACAUUGAAAGCAUAUUGCAUUGCUAUCUAUAAGCUGCUGGAUUGUAUAAGAGAAUGUAUAAACAAAGCACAAGUAUUUGAAGAGGAAGAUUUCCAACCAAUGGGUUACGGUUAUCGUUUGGGCUCGAACCCAAUGUCAGGUAACACUUAUGAUGCAAGCUUGGAAGUGAGCGAACAGAAGUGCAUCGCUUUGCUCCGGGAACAGGAGGAAGAGUUAAACAAAAGGGCUAGGAGUACAGAUGAUGAGGCGAACAACAUAUGGACGGCCUUAGCAGCCAGAAUCAGGUUCACCAGAAUGUUCUAUCAAGCGCUGCUGCUCAUCACCAAGAAGGACUCCCAGUCUGGCGCGGACUGCGUCGCCUUGCUCAACGGCUGCUCAGAGAUGAUGAAGGUCAUCAUCAAGACCGCUUGGAAAGGAACACAGCCUGUGGAAAAUUCUGACUCCCCAAACCCAAUGGGCUUCGAGCCGAUGAUCAACCAACGCUUGUUACCGCCCACGUUCCCGCGGUACACCCGCAUCAAGCCGCGAGCCGAGGCAUUGCAGUAUUUCGACGAGCAAAUCGCGAGACUACGCCACGCGUGGAAGAUCACUUCGUGUACCAACUUCCAUACUGCGCUGGACUUCUUCAUGGAGUUCAGCCGCCUGCGCGCGUGCAUACUGUCGCGCUCGGCGCUGCAGCUGCUGUACCUGAGCCCGCCGGCGGGCGCGGCCGCGGCCGGCUCCCCGCGCCCGCACCACGUGUUCGUCGACAUCCUCCGGGAGUCCGUCAGGAGCUUCGUCAACCCGCCCGCGUUGACGCCCAAAUCGCCCAUGGUCUCUAAUCCACAGACUCGCGAGUUUGUGGAGAACUUCCUGGCGCGUUGCGUGCGUCCGUUCGCGGUGCUGCUGCAGGUGUGCGGACACAACCGCGCGCGGCAGCGGGACAAGUUGGCGCUCUUGUUGGACGAGCUCGCCACUCUACAGGAUGAGGCGGAGAGCGUAGACGCAGUAGUGAGCGGCGCGGCGGGGAGCGCCCCCCGCGCAUACUUCGGCACGUGGAUCCUCUACCACGUGUUGCGCGUCAUGAUCGCCUAUCUGCUGUCCGGGCUCGAACUAGAGCUCUACAGCGUGCACGAGUACCAUUACAUCUUCUGGUACCUAUACGAGUUCCUAUACGGCUGGCUAGUGUCUGCUCUCGGACGAGCGGAGACGCUCGCGAACGAAGGCACGAGACGAGCCGAUUCGAAGCGGAGCGGCGCGCGGAAACAGAAGAAAAGGUCCAGGCCUUAUGCCAGGGAAGGGUUAAUGUGCCAAGUUAUGCAGAAUAUGUGCGGGGGGUACUACAAGGCGUUAGUAGCGUUCAAGUUGCAAGGCAAGAUCCGGCAGCCGCAGUCCGCGUUCGACAACGAGGCGGUCCGGUACAAGCACCGCUUCGCCCCCCUCUCCGUGCUCACCCCCCCUCAGGUCCACUACCACGAGUUCUGCGAGAUGACGCAGCCGCUGCAAUUUGAAAAUCCUGUGAUACUGUAUCUCGGAGGCUGUAAGCACUUCCAGCAAGCGAGAUCACUUUUAGAAACCAUCACAACGCCAGAUCAAGAGGUAUCAGAUCUCCUAAAAGUAGCGAAAACAAAUUUUGUAGUGCUAAAAUUACUAGCGGGUGGACACAAGAGGGACUCCACGGCGCCGCCGGAGUUUGAUUUCUCCGUCCACCGACAUUUUCCAAUUAUGAAACUUGUAUAGAUGUAAUAAUAUAGAAUUAUAAUCUUAGUCAUUAUUUGUAUGAAUUUAUUAUGAUAUAGCCAGAUUAAAUCACACUAUUAUAAUAAAAUGUAUUUAAAGAAUUUAUGUCAAAAUGAAACAAACCCGUUUUAUUAAGUCAUUUUGUGGAGUGUUAUGAAUAUUUGUAAUAUGUAUGAUAGCCAAAUUUGUAUAAGCCUAACAUUCCGUCGAUGUUAGGAUGUUUGUGCCGACUGUACAUGAGAAUACUGUAAAUGAGAACACGAUAAUUCCUAGUCUGAUUUAAGUUGCAAACUACUUAUAUCUUAUUGUCUGUUGAAAUUUUUUUUUCUUUCUUCAUUAUAUCUGCUUUUCUUUUCACUAAACAUCACAUGCUAACCUUUUUUAAAAGGCAAAUGUAAAAAUUAUUUACUUUUAAGUUUUCUAUGAAUGAAAUUCGACCGAAUUUUAAAAUACUUAUGUAAUUGAGUGUGUACGUUCGUAAAAUAUAUUGUAAAUAGCUUGUCGUUGAUGUGCAAUAGAGCUUUGAAAAUGUAAGAAAAUGAUUAUGCCUUC